CCGAGAACGCAUGCCGUGGACCCGCUGUAGGCCUCGCGAAAUAGAGCGCAUCACAGUGCACCCCCAACAACGCCGUUCGCCAUGGCGUCGCAGGCGCGUCCCGCGUCGAAUAUUCCUGUGUCGGCUGCCGUAGAUCCCGCAUUCUGGACCCAGGACUUAUCCGACUCGUCACCACUGGCCCUACAACUCUCGCCCGGCGCCAGCUCUACGACGCAAGACAGCGUGCACAGCGUCACUCCGCCAGCGCAGACUCCCAGGUCCGACAGUGGAAAAACCGGCCAGAGUGCGCAGAAUAGCCAAAACGCGAGCCAGACCAGGACAUCGGUCGCAGUCGCUUGCGUCCCGUGUCGUAGCAGACAUCUGAAGUGCGACGGGGGCGUGCGAUGCUCCAGAUGCAGGGCCGACGGCGUCGAGUGCACCUACAUCAAGUCACGCCGUGGAUGGAAAGGAAAGAGGAAGAAGCCGGGUGAAAACGGUGCCCCUACCGUGACACUGCCAGACAGCAACGGCCUGCUUCAGAGCUCACUGAUAAAUUCUGCUUUGCCUUCUACCAGCAGUGGAAUCCCAUCGCCAGAAUAUGCGUACAGCACAGACCCUGCCGUUGCAAAUCAGCUGAGCACUGCCGCCAACAGUCUAGGCCUUGUCGCAUCUGCAGGGCCUCCCGCCCAGCUCAACCUCAAUGGAACCCAAAGAGUCAACCAGUUUGGGCACGCCGGACCACCCACAGCUAUUCAGGCCUUCUAUCAUUACUUCUACAACUCGCAUCCGUUCUGUCUACCCCAAGCUAGGCUACUAGCGCUCUUCAAGGAAAGAAAAGCACCCCUACUUGAAUAUGCCAUCCAGUAUAUUGGAUCAAGCUACAUUCCGGAGAUCCCGACGGAAAUGUACAAAGAAGCGUUGAACCGGACUGUCAACAGCGGAAGCUAUCCGAAAGACGGCUUCUCGGUGCAGGCUCUGAUGCUCUUCGCCAUUGGUCUUCACGCAAACAAUGACGUUCCACGAGCAGGCCAAAUAUUCGGUAUAGCUCAGGCUUUGACGCUCGAGCUUGGCAUAAAUCGUAUUGAUUAUGCCAUUCUAAACGGAAACAACGACCGCGUCCUGGAAGAGAGCUGGAGACGGACCUGGUGGUCCAUGUACACUGUCAACGGCAUGAUGGCAGCUGUCAAUCCCGGCGUACAGUUCCGUCUCAAGGACAUCAUGACAGACGUCCCGCUGCCAUGCGAGGAUGACGAGUAUUUCUCAGGGCAAAUACCCUACCCUCGCACCCUCCAGGACUACGACGAAUCCGCCUUCGCCCCCGAAGAAAUCAUCUUCUCCUCCUUCACCUACCUGAUCGACGCCAUUCGCAUCCUAGGCAAAGUCUUCGAAGUCGCGCGUCUAGACAGCACCUUUGAGUACCAUGCUGUCGACGUCGUAGAUUCCUACCUCGUCAACUGGCGUCUGCACCUGCCCGCCCAAAAGCUCGAGAUAGUCAACAACGACGGCCAGAUCGACGAGGUGCUGUUCCAGGCGCACAUGGUGAACGCAGGGAGCACCAUUAUGCUGCACCGACCGCGAUCGAAUCUGGGCUUUGGCAGGGUCGAGAAUGUGAAUAUUUGUGUACAGCCUGGUCAGGUGCUGUUGCCGACGCAGACGAGAGAGAUUCAUACGGCUAAGUGUCUUACGUCUGCGGAGAAUAUCUCGAGCUUGAUUAAGCUGCCCGGCAAGCUGAUGCACCACACGCCCUUCUUCACCUGCGUUGUCGUCAUGGCGUCAGUCGUCCACCUCUCGUAUUGGUCGUUCCUCGUUCCGGAUGGCCAGGACGACGUUAUCAAGCAAUCUAUUAGGCUGGACGUUGGAACCCUGCAGCAGUACUCGAGCACGUGGGGCAUCGCGAACGUGGUGCUAGGCCAAGUCCGCGGCGUGGCACAUACACUCUUCAACAGCAAGAAGGCAAUGAGCAUCCACCUGUGGAACAACAUCGCACAAGACGACAUGAUACGUGGCGUUAUUGAAGACGGCGGAAGCGAGCCGUUGGAAAACUACAGCUCGCUCUUGACUCCUAUGCUCAAGUCAUGAGACUACCCACCAUUUCCUUGCAUUCUUCUCUCAUAUGUUCGGGCGGCUUCCUAUGCUUUCCUAUCUACUCCAAACUUCCCAAAUACCACUACGAUACCUAACGACCGAUCCUCUCGUCUCGUUUCUUCCCUUCACUCCUUUUCUUCUCUUCCGUCACUGUAUAAUACUUGGUAUAUCCUCUCCUUCAGUAUUUCUCCUUCCCCCCCCAAUCACUGUCUGCUGGCGUUCUAAGAUAUCCUGUUUCUUUCCUUCUGCCUGAUUUCUAUGUUGUCUAAUAGCAAGCAAGCAAGCAAGCAAGCGAUCGAUGUUGUGUGUGCUUGGAAUCUAAUCGGGAUGCAGCGAGCGGAAUUGGGAAUAGCAAGUAAAUGGGUGGGGCAAUGAUUUGAUGAUGGUGGGAUCUUUCUCUCUCUUUCUCUCUCCCUGUGAGCGAAGAGAAAAAGUGAUAUUUAGCUGUAGAUGUAGGAAAUGGCAGCGUGAUUUGUACGUCCU